GCGCGGGCACAGACGGGAGACAAGCACUGCCUGACCAUGGCCAUGGACCAGAGCACGCGGGAUGCUAGGCAUCCCUCAGUUACUGUGCGCCCUGCGGAUGCUGCGCUGCCUGCGGUUGCUGCGCUCCUCGCAGAAACAGUGCGUCCAGCGGAUGUUGAGAGCACUGAGGAUGCUGCAGACCCCAGGGUUAAUGUUCAAGACCCCGAGGCCGCGUUGCUGUCCGCCCCGCACUCGUGUUUCCGCUGUCAGCUGCUCUACUGGGUAGGCGCCUUGAUGUUGCUGCUCGGGGUUGUCUGUGUUCCGAUCGCCCUCUUCACCCGCAUCCCGACCCGGCCGGCUCUCACAGUCACCACCUCGCCUACCCCGGGGAACUCAGAGAAGCCUUCAAACCUGACGGUCACUCCUGUUCCUCGAAAUAGCUGCCCGAAGGCUACAGGGCAGGGGUCUUCCGUGUUCGCCAUUCUUCAGGCUAAAGAGGAAGUAAAGCUGGAGCCCAAUAGGAUCCUGAAGUGGCAUAGCCAAGAAGGAGCUGGGAUCUCAAAACCGCUCCAGGGUCUGAGGUACGACAACGUCACAAACGAGUUGGUGGUGAACGAAAGUGGGCUCUACUAUGUGAUUUUGCAACUGAAGCUCAGGCCUGUGUUAAAAAACACAGACCGCAAGGUGCGGGGUCAGGUCUCUCUUGUUCUGCAACUGAAUCCCCCGAUAGAGCGCCCUGACAACUUGGCCCUGACUGUGGACCUAUUCCCUUGCUCCAUGGAGACCAACUUAGUGGAAGGCUCCUGGAGUCAUCUGAUACCCCUGAAGGCUGACGACCGCCUCAGUGUGAAUCUGCGAGCCUAUCUGUAUGGAGCUCAGGAGGCAUACAAAGACUGGGAGCUCUCCCAGACUGCUAUCACCAGCUUUGUGCUCUUCCUUGUGCCAACUGACACCCCACAGGAAUUGCCAUCCAUACGAUAAUGUCAUGUGCUGCCACCCUUCUUAUGACCCCUGGUCGCUGAGAUCCCAAGCUGCUAUAUCUCAUGGGGCCUGAGCACAGGGCCCCCCUCUUCCAGUAUUCUCUCCACACCCUGUCCCUGACUGGACUCAGUAUUUAUUGUGAGCAUGGCUCAGACAACACUUUAUAUAAUUCAUUGGUUAGCAUUAGCAAACUGCUGGGCAGGUGCUAUCAAGAAACCAGUCAUCAAAGUUUCCUAAAGGAAACUAUUUAUUUAUGCUAAUAUGUAAAAAAUAAACGUAUUUGUAAAUAAGUCUUUUAAAAUUA